AUGAUCGCAUCAGCCGCAAUCGAAAAACCAACUACCUCUAAAGUGGCGGCUUCACCAAUUGCUCCCCCUUCCAUGAUGACUCCCCCACCAGAUGGCGGGUUCGCCGCAUGGGCAACAGUUGCUGGCUGCUGGAUGGCUUUGUUGGUUCAAUUCGGAUUAUGUAACAGCUUCGGGGUUUUUCAAGCCUACUACGAGUCAAACUUGUUGGGUCACAAGUCACCUUCUCAGAUUGCCUGGAUUGGGACACUUCAGCUUUUCAUUCUGUUCUUCGGGGGCUUAUUCGUGGGACGCAUCCUCGACUCCCAUGGUGCACACGUUUUGACUGUACCCGGUAGUUUCUUGAUAGUCCUGGCGUUGAUGACGACCUCGCUCUGCAGAGAAUAUUGGCAAUUCAUACUUGCACAGGGAGUUCUGUUUGGAAUCGGAUGCAGUAUGACGUUUCACCCUAGCGUCUCCUUGCCUCCCCAGUGGUUCUCAAAGAAGCGUGGUAUGGCCACAGCCAUUGCCAUGAGUGGAUCAGGACUUGGUGGGGUUAUAUGGCCAAUCAUCAUCAGAGCGUUCUUCGACUCACCUAGAAUCGGUUUCCAAUGGGGCACUCGAGCAGUCGGAUUCAUCUCACUGGGAUUGUUAGCGGCUGCCAACGCUCUGAUCCACAAACGAGCGCCUAAACGGAAACCCCUUCCCUGGUUCACGGUGUUCCACUUCAUCACAGAUUGGCAUUUCAGUUUGACCAUCGUUUCUAUCGCAUUCACCCUUUUUGGCUUCCUCGUACCCUUCUACUAUAUUUCUACCAAUGCACUUGCACUCGGCGCUUCCGAAGCUAUGGCUUUUUACACUCUGUCUUGCAUGAACGCCGGUUCCACGAUGGGUAGACUGGUCGCAGGUUUCAUUCCUUCCCUCACUCCUCUUCUGAUACUUCCGACUUCAUCCCUACUUUGUGGUAUCUUCAUACUUGCAAUGUGGAUCCCACUCAAAAAUGUUGCGAGUCUCCUCGCAUUUGGCGUUAUCUACGGCAUGUUCUCGGGUAUCUGGUUAUCAGCAAUCCCACCCUGUAUCGCUUCGAUGUCUCAAUUACCACAGAUUGGCGCCAAGCUAGGCUUGACCUUCGGUUCAGCCUCAAUCUUCGCCCUUGUGGGAGCUCCAAUUGCUGGAGCGAUUGUAGAUGCGCAUGAGGAUUUGGGUGGAUUCAGACAAGCGGCAGUCUUUUCAGGUAUCAUGAUGCUUGUCGGUGCAGCCCUCAGCUGCGUUGUGUGGGUCACAAAGCGUCAAACAUAUUGUGGGAAAUGA